UUUAGCAGCAACGUGUUUGCCGGGGGAACAAAAUAUCUGGAAGCGACCGUUAAGUGUCAUGUCGUCUGCGGCAGUUGUUGGCUGACUUUUAACUUUUUCCCCCCUCUCUGUACCACGGGAGCCCGAGCGCAGCGCGGAGAGGAGAGCGGACCCAUUUUCCCCCCUGAGUGACCGGGCAUACUGGGACACACGGACGGACAGAAAAGCGGGCAGCCGGAGUCGCCUCUCUCCACUUUGGUACCACUGAAUUGAUCGGCGUCAGAGAUGACAGCGGGCUGCUUGUGGUCGACUGGACUGGUCCUUCUUGCUUGUGUGAGGGUUGCUGUGUGGGCCAACGAUGGGGAUGCAGUGUUCAUCAGAGAAUUCACUCUGAUUCGACGAGACCACCUCCCUGAAGAGCCUCUCCAUGACAGCAGCCAAAAACCAGAAGACCCGAGCUCACGGACGGCCCGGUCAGAGGAGGACAGAGACACACUGUGGGAUGCCUGGGGCUCAUGGAGUGAAUGUUCCCGUACCUGUGGAGGAGGAGCCUCAUACUCGCUCAGACGAUGCCUCAGCUCCAAGACCUGCGAAGGGCAGAAUAUCAAAUAUCGCACAUGCAGUAAUGUGGACUGCCCUCCAGAAGCUGGUGAUUUCCGUGCCCAGCAAUGUUCAGCUCAUGCAGACGUGCGAUACCAGGGUCAGUAUCACGAGUGGCUGCCUGUGUACAAUGACCCGGACAACCCCUGCGCUCUCAAGUGCAAAGCCAAGGGCUCGGGUCUUGUGGUGGAGCUGGCGCCCAAGGUGCUGGAUGGGACUCGAUGUUACACUGAGUCCUUGGACAUGUGUAUCAGUGGAGUCUGCCAGAUUAUAGGUUGUGAUCAUGAUUUGGGGAGCACAGCAAAGGAGGACAACUGUGGAGUGUGCAGUGGAGAUGGCUCAUCCUGCCGACUUGUGCGAGGACACUACAAAUCCCAGCAUGCUUCAGGAAAAACUGAGGACACAGUUGUCGUCAUCCCCUAUAAGAGUCGUCAUGUACGUCUGGUUCUGAAAGGCCCGGAUCACUUGUAUGUGGAGAGUAAGACUCUUCAAGGGGUGAGAGGUGAAAUGGUCUUGGAUGCAUCAGGGCAGUACCACCUGGAGAACACCACCUUGGACUACCAGAAACUUUCUGAUAAGGAGAUCCUGAGAAUCACUGGCCCACUUGGAGCUGACUUCACUGUCAAGGUACAGUUUGCUAGUGGAGCAGACAGUGUGAUACAGUACAUCUACUACCAGCCCAUCAUCCACCGCUGGAGAGAGACUGACUUCUUCCCUUGCUCCGUCACAUGUGGUGGAGGUUACCAGCUAACCUCGGCAGAAUGCUUUGACCUACGGAGUGGCCGCGUGGUUGUGGAUCAGUAUUGCCAUUAUUACCCAGAGAACGUCAAACCUAAACCUAAACUGCAGGAGUGCAACAUGGAGCCCUGCCUGGCCAGUGACGGCUACAAGCAAAUUAUGCCAUAUGACCUCUACCACCCCUUGCCUCGAUGGGAGAGCAGUCCCUGGACUGCCUGCUCCACCUCCUGCGGCGGAGGUAUCCAGAGUCGCUCAGUGUCCUGUGUGGAGGAGGACAUGCAGGGAACCAUCACUCCCACUGAGGAGUGGAAGUGUCUCUACUCCCCAAAGACAGCUAUCCUGCAGCCCUGUAACACCUUCGACUGCCCCACCUGGCUGGCACAGGAGUGGUCACCCUGCACAGUGACCUGUGGUCAGGGUCUGCGCUACAGAGUGGUAUUAUGCAUCGAUCACAGAGGUCUCCACGCUGGAGGCUGCAACCCCACCACCAAACCCCACAUUAAGGAGGAGUGCCUGGUGACUGUGCCCUGCUACAAGUCCAUAGAUUUGCUCCCAGUUGAGGCAAAACCUGUGUGGCAUAAGCAGGCCAUAGAGCUGGAGGAAGAGAUCACAGUGACUGAGGAACCAACCUUCAUCCCUGGUCCCUGGCAGCCCUGUAGCAGGACAUGCGGUGCCGGAACCCAGCAACGGACUGUCAAGUGCCAGGUGCUGCUUUCCUUCUCCCAGACUGUUGCUGACCUGCCUGAUGACGAGUGUGAGGGGGUCAAACCUGCAACGAGUCAGCCCUGCUACCGCACUCCCUGCUCUGGUGUUUUCGGCCAAGGAAAAGAAAGCGGAAAGGAGGGGGAGGAAGAGGAGGAGGAGGGGGAGACACCCGAAAGAGAGGAAUUGCACGACUGGGAAUAUGAAGGGUUUACGGAGUGCUCAGAGAGUUGUGGGGGAGGUGUGCAGGAGGCUGUGGUGAUCUGUCUGAACAAGCAGACCAGGGAGGCAGUAGACCAGAGCCUGUGUGAGAGCUCCCGUCGGCCCCCGCAACUCCUCCAGGACUGCAAAACACAGCCCUGCCCAGCCAGGUGGGAAACAGGUGAGUGGAGUUCAUGCUCUGCUACCUGUGGGGUCGGUCUGAUGACCCGCACUGUGGCUUGUACUCACCGACCCUCUAGGGACAGCAACCGGACUGAGGUUUUGAGGGAUGAAGACUGUCAAAAUCCCAAGCCCAGUCCUGUCCAAGCCUGCAACCGCUUCGACUGCCCUCCUAUGUGGGACACACGUGACUGGGGACAGUGCUCCCAGAGCUGUGGUGGUGGAGUUCAAAGGCGGCAGGUCCUGUGCAAACAGCGGUUGGCAGAUGGCAGCAUCCUGGAGUUACCUGAAACCUUUUGCCCUUCCAAAAGCCCGGUAAACCAGCAGCCCUGUGCCAAGCAAGAGUGCCCACCUCACUGGGUCACAACCAACUGGUCCCAGUGUUCUGUGACCUGCGGGGAUGGCGUUCAGACUCUACAGGCCAUCUGCAGGAAACACGGGGAGGAUGGGCGGUACUGGACCAUAGACCCUAAGAACUGUUCUCUGAUUGCCCGGCCCUCCAGAAUCCGGCCGUGCUCCCUCAGACUCUGUGAGAACUCUAUCAAGCCCGAACCCGCCAUACUGGCCCAGAAGAAGGUUUAUAUCCAGUGGAGGAAGGGCAAAAAGUUACAGCUGGUAGUGGGAGGCUAUGGCUAUCUCCUGCCGUGGACAACUGUGGUCCUUCGCUGCCCAACCCGCCACUACCGCAAAGGCCACGUGCGAUGGUUGAAGGAAGGGAAGCCCCUGGUCAGCCUCCCACACCUCUCCAUAACGCCACUGGGAUAUGUGAAGAUUCAGCAGGUUCGUGCAUCUGAUGCUGGGAUUUACACUUGUGUAGCAGGCCAAGCACAAGAACAUUUUGUCCUACAGAUUAUUGGCAGCAAACAGAAGCUCUCUGUUCCAGAGUCAUGGCUCCUCACAGAUGGACAACAAAAGGUUGGGCAGCCAGAUGUGGCCUCAACAGGUGAAAGAUUUCAGGAGAUACCCAUCUCCCUCAACCAAUACGACAACAUUGUUGAGCAUUUGCUUGAACACAAAGAUUUGGUCCAAGAUGAAAAAGACGUUACUGACAAACUGUACUCCAGUGAAAAGAACAGGUCGACCCUGGAGGAUGAGAGAGCAAGCACAGAAUUUUCCAGCCCAGUCAUACUCAUUGCUGAUACCCACAGGCUAGAUGAGAUCACACACAGCCUCUCUGAAGGCCUUGGAGGACCCCGGGGGGAACAACUCAUUGCUCAGUUGCUCAGUGAGCUUACUAUGACGCAAGGUGAAACCAAUGACUCUACUCUUCACCCUCCAGAAAGUGCGGAAUCUUCCACACAAGGGCCGCUUCUUUAUAAACCGAAAGCCCUCACAACCAGGCCAAGAAACCCGGUGAUAAUCCAACGACCCAGGAAGGCUGGUGCAGUACCGUCAUCUGAAAUGAUAGUUCAUGUGGGAAUGCCCGUUUUGCUGCAGAAACCAGUUGCUAGUUUGGAAUUGAGAUGUGAGGUACUGGGGAACCCUGAACCAUCCCUAACAUGGACAAAGAACGGAAAAGAUUUGCUCUAUAAUAGCAGAGUAGGCCUGUUGCCCACCGGCUCACUUAGGAUUCAGUCUCCAAGCAAAGUGGACGAGGGUUUGUAUGCCUGCACUGCCAGGAAUCGUCUUGGAUCUACAUCUCUUUCGUCUUGGCUGCAGAUUACAGGUGGAAAAGGAAGAAAUUGUGUCCAUGGUAACAGUAUAGGAGCAAAUGGCUCUAUUUGCUCUGAGAUGACUAACAGCAGCCAGUCAGGGGAACUGUGCCAUGGACAAGGCUGUCUUCUCAGGUGGCGAGUGGAUCCUUGGUCACCAUGUUCAGCCACUUGUGGAGGUGGGUCCCAGACCAGGAGCGUCCGCUGCAUGAGGGGUCCUGAGGGCAGGUCAAUAGAGGUGGAGGGUCAGCUCUGCCUUGACACAGGCAGGAGACCCUCUGACAGCAGGCUAUGCAACCUCCUGUCCUGUACCAGAUGGGCCACAACUUCUUGGGGACUGUGUCAUGGGCAGUGUGUCGGUCCCAGUUUGGCAACACAGCACCGCCAUGUUUACUGCCAAAACACAAAUGGUACCAAAGUCCCCUACAGGAUGUGCAGUCGACUCACCAGGCCCAGCUCUCUAAAGAACUGCUCAACAGAGGGCUGUGCCCUUCAUUGGCGUGUAGGGCUGUGGACCCAGUGCACUGCCACCUGUGGACGGCAUGGUUUCCAGUCACGCCAGGUGACCUGCGUGCACCGGCGAACUGGCAAGGCCACACGUGAACACCACUGCAUGUGGAGGCCUCGCCCUUCCAGCUGGCAGCGAUGCAAUAUUUUGUCCUGUGGAAGAGCAGGAGAAUGUAGAGACAGCACAAGGUACUGUGAGAAGGUUCGACAGCUGGAGCUCUGCCCACUGCCACAGUUUAAGAGUCGCUGCUGUCACUCCUGCCGAAACACCUGAGGCGGGGGACGCGAGGUGAGGGCUGUGGAGAAACCUGGAUAGUUCAGGGAAGGUGCCAACAGAGACUUGAAACCUCUACGUCCCAUCCUAACGCCAACAACUGUCUUCGAUGAACGGUUUUGGAUGAGGAUACCUGAUUGUAGAGGAAUGUUUGGAUGAUGUCAUACCUGGAGUGGCUGUGAUCUACUUUCCUCAAAGAUGGCAUGUGUGGGUUUGAAAUAGAAAGUAUUGUUUUGAGAGGAGUGAUAUGUCUGUUAAUGAAGGCUUCAGUUUAACUUCUUUUUUUAAAAUCUGAAGUUCAUUUUCAACAGCUUUCCUAAGUCCCAAGUUUCUAAGAUAUGUGAAAGUGAGAUGCGAAUGAGACACAUUUCCAUUGUGAGUAACAGAAACUUGUGGUGACUGCGUGAUAAAAGGGGAACUUGUAUAAAGGCGUUAUACCAGACCUGUCCACAUUAAUGGUAUGAGGUGGUUUCAGGGUUUUCCUACAAAUAAAACCACCGUGUUCUACUGUAGUACCAUCACUUCAUGUCCCAUAUAGGGUGCACAUUAUCAUGAAACUGGCAUGCAAUAGCAUUAGCAUACAAUACACAAAUAUGUAAUUAAUAAACUUUUGAAAUUGAUUGACUGCAUACCCAGGGAUUCUGGAUAGACCCCUGAAUUUGUGGUAACCACUGGAUAGCUGUGUGUUUGCCUUUAUUGCAAUUGUCUCCAAAAUAGUGUUGGUAAAUAGUUUAGAUGCUAAAUGAGCUUUUAUUAAUGUGGUGUGGGUAUACUCCUUUAAAGCUGAAAUACAGCGUAGUGCUGCAUAUACAUGGGAAAUAGCUAACAUGACUAAAAGCCUAAUAUUUGAUAAAUGGUAUACAUUUGGUAUUAGCCACCUGGGAAAUAGAUCAUGAUCUGUGCUACCAUUUUGGGUCAUUUAGCACGUGUUGACAGCAGUGAUCGGUCAAGUCAUUUAAAGAGAAAAGGAAUUAGGAUUGCAGAUGUUUUUACUGCUUUUUUGGCAAAAUAGAAAGUAGGAGAUGAUAAAGAUUUAUCUUGCAUGUGUUGCACUAAUGGAGGUAUAUGACUGAGGCAGGUCAAUUUUUGGAAAAAGAUACUUAAUUUUGCACUCAACUCAUCCAAGUCUUUGUUAAGAACAUGGCUUGUAGAGUUUUUUUUUAGUUUUUUUUUUAAUCUUGUUUGUAAGGAUACAUUGUUUAUAUGUUUUGUUUUCGGAUUUUGAUAUUUCAUGGAAAGAUAUUUUGUUAAAAGGUCCCUUUAACCACUUUGUGACGUUACAGUAGGUUUAAACAUGAGCAGAACAUAACCCCCCCCUGCUAAUUCUUCCUGUCCACCAAAAUAUAUCUUUGCUGUAGUUUGACAUUCUAGGGAAAAAACAGAGGUACAUUUCAAAGUUCUUAUGUAACUCUUCUGCUUAGGACAGAUUUCAGUGUUAGUUGAACUUAAAAUAUGUAAAUAUGACCUCUGUGCCAUAUUCGGAUAUUGGUUAAAACAGUUGGGAACUUUUUAAAGAUUAUCAUUAAUGUACCACAAUUACAUUAUUCUAAUGGAUUUGCACUUUUGAUAUUAUGUCCUGAGUUUCACAAUCCAUCGUCAUUAAGUGCAACACAUACCUAUGCAGGAGAGUACUUGGCCUUUCAUUGAGGGUUGAUUUUUGGAGGAAAACAUCAUUAAUAUGUUACUUAUGCUCUUAACUUAUGUAGAUAUUUGUUUUGUCUUUUAACUAUUUAUUUUAAUGUAUGUUCUUGUGCAUACUUUUGUAAAUAAUUACAGGGGUGGGUUUUAAGUAUUAAUUUCCCAAUGGCUGAUAAUAUUUGAUGUGCAUGCAAUGGGGACCCUCUGCUGGUGACUUGAUGUGUUGCUCUCUGUUCAU